AUGGAGAACCAUCGAGCUAAGCUGGAUCCCACCGUCUUCAGCAUUGCCGAUCUGAAGCGGGAGGCAAUCAAGAAGCUCGACAAACAGGACAAAAGCUGGGCUGGUAAGAACAAGGACUCUUCGCUCCCGGUGCACACAAUCAAGCGGCUGACACGUCGGGAAACAGUCUACUACAAUGAAGGCGCUAUGGAUCUGCUCACACUCAAAGAAAAUGAGGAAGCAUUUAACAGGUACAAGAUCUGCCCGCGCGUCUUUGUUCCCGUAGCAAAUAUGGACACCACCACGACACUAUUCGGCCAAACGGUUCCUCUGCCGUUCGGCUUCAGCCCCAGCGCCAGCCACCAGCUGGCACACCCCGACGGCGAGCUUGCAACAUCGCGAGCUGCCGCCAAGUUUGGCAUUGGCAUGUGUUUAUCCGCCUACUCAAACACCCCUCUGGAGGAUGUCAUCGCGGAGGGCAUAGGGAACCCCUUCGGAAUCCAUAUUUGCAUGAUGCAGGACAGAGAGAUUGCCGCGCAGAUCAUCAAGCGCGCCGAGGCAUGCGGAUAUAAGGCGGUUCUUCUUUCUGUGGAUACCCCCGUACUUGGGUUGAGACUCGGCGAGAUGCGAACGGACUUCAAUCUCCCACCAGGCCUCACGUACCCCAACAUCGUCCCCUCUGAGAAAUGGGGCAAGGAAAACCCUGGCAAGAUUCCAACAUUGUUUGAUAAUACUAUGGACUGGCCGUCCACCAUUGCAUGGCUCAAGACCCAGACUAAGUUGCAGGUCUGGCUCAAAGGAGUCAUGACUCCAGAGGAUGUCUCCCUGUCGAUACGCUAUGGCGCAGAUGGCAUCAUCAUCUCCAACCAUGGAGGACGCCAACUGGAUGGCUGCCCGUCAACCCUUGACAGUCUACGAGUGUGUGCUCCAAUCGCCUCAGGGAAGAUUCCGAUCGCCGUAGACGGCGGCAUCCGCCGGGGCUCAGACAUAUUCAAGGCUCUAGCUCUCGGCGCCAAUUUCUGCUUUCUAGGCCGCGUUCCCAUCUGGGGUCUUGCGUACAAUGGCCAGACAGGCGUUGAGCUUGCCCUCCAUAUUCUGGCCCAUGAAUUCAAAAAUACCAUGGCCCUUGCAGGCUGCCGCACGCUUUCUGAAAUCUCCAAACAUCAUCUUGCCGUUCUGGACUCUAAGCAGCUUCUCUGUAGACUGUGA